AAUGUGAUGAAUGAGAAGAUGGCAGGAGGGGAUGAUGAAGAGAAGAAGAGAUCGUUGAGUUUUUAUUCAACUGAGUUGAGUCAGAUGGUAAGUCAUGGACUCGUAGGAAAUGGAAGUACAAGAGGAAGUUCUCAUUCGAUCAAUGCCACCACUAGAAGACCUCCUAGUUCUUGUGGAAUUCAGGAUCAGGUAGGAGGGGCAGCAGGAGGAGCUGGGGGGGUGGGGUCUGUGGGUGGUCAUGAGCUUGGGUCGAAUGAGAUUGGUAGAAGUGGAGGAACACGUGAUCAUCCUCAUUUGAUGAAUUCUAGGUUGAUGGGUGCUCGUCAUAUUUUUUGAUUUACUUAUUUUGUGGGAAGAAUAUGAUUAGAGAAACUGAAAGAAAUGGACAAAUUGAGAAUCAUGAAUCGGAUAAUAGAGUCUUCUUGAAUAUGGGUUUUUUGGGUAUCAGUGUACUUGAUGAAAAUAGAAAAACGGGAAUCACAAAAAAAGGUUAUUAAAGAAGAUUUAAUUAAACAGAUGGAUUGUGUGGAUGAAGAAUCAAUGGUGAAAAAAAUGAAAUUAAAAACAUGUGUGUGUAGUUGUGUGUAAGUGUGUGAAAUUAAAGGGUUUUCUUGAUCUUGAUCUUUACCUUGAUUUUGUUAAUUCUAAACUUCUUUUUUGUUUAACUUCUGUUUCUAUAUAUUUUAUAAAAAAAUUAUAUAAAUUUUAUAUACUUUGUCUUUUUGUUUGAAAUUGUUUCUUAUUGAUUGAAGUUGUGUAUGUGAUGAAUGAUUUUCUAUUGAUUGAAUUUUUUACGUUUAAGUUGUGUUGAUGAUACAUUAUUUUGAAUUUCUUGAUUAUCAUGAUAAAGAUGAAGAAGAAGUUUGUUUAUUUUAGUUUGGUUUGAUAUGGUUUGAUAUGGGUUCAAUUCAUAAGUUUUUCUUGUUGGUUUUUUUCUUGAU